AUGAAACUCGCUCUCCCUUUUCUAUUUGCUCUAGCAGGCAUCCACUCAGCCAUUGCACAGAGUUCAGACACGUGCGAGGCAGAUGCAAAUACAAUUAAUCAAAGUUUUACUGGAGCUCCAUACAAUGAAGAUGUGUCAUCUUUACUCAGCACAGAAGAUAUUCGGGUGAUUCAUUUUGGUGAUGAAGUUACUCUUGAUUCCAAACCUUCUAGAUUGACUAUCCUACUUGAUGCGGAUGGGAACAUUAAGUCUGCUGGAUGCUAUUAA